AAAUAAUAAAAUGGAGUCUACGCAGUGGCUGUUGCCUAGUGUGAUUCUUACCAGCGUAUGGGAAUAUGUUCCUUGCUCCCAGACUCUAAAUCUGGUGAUGUCAACUUGUGACAGAAUUUAAGACCGGCAAGUUAGGCGCUUGCCUGUGGGUGACAUAACCUGCAGAGCCACGCACACCUGUGUUCAAAGUCCAGCUCCAGCUCAGGACCUUCGUCUUUCUGGACGUGAUCUGUCAGGUGGGGAUGAUGAGGGGACUAAGCAAAGGACGGCGAGACUUGAGAUACUACAUGCAGAGGUGUUCGCGUACUGCCGACUGGGCACGUAGCGAGCAAUCGGCACGUGGGAGCCGUUACCAGGAUGGUGAGUAGCCACCUACGAUGUGCGUUUCCUGGUUUCAGGACAGUGACAUACAAUCACGGACCCGGCUGUCUGUACCCCUGACGUGUGCUGCCGGGAGCGCUGACGCUGCCUCAGGCCGAAGAUGCCUCUCUUUGGGAACACGUUCAGUCCGAAGAAGACGCCCCCUCGGAAGUCUGCCUCUCUCUCCAACCUGCAUAACCUGGAUCGGUCCACCCGCGAAGUGGAGCUGGGCCUCGACUAUGGAACCCCCACCAUGAACCUGGCGGGACAAAGCCUGAAGUUUGAAAAUGGCCAUUGGGUCGCAGAGACCGGGGUCAGUGGAGGCGUGGACCAGAGGGAGGCGCAGCGCCUCCGGCGGCGGAACCAGCAGCUGGAGGAGGAGAACAACCUGCUGCAGGUGAAGGUGGAGGUCCUGCUGGACAUGUUCUCUGAGACCACGGCCGAGUUCCAAAUAAUGAAAGAGGAGCUAUAGGAGCCCACCCAGCA